AUGUACAUUGAUCCAUUGAAUUAUUUAGAUAAUUUAAAAUGUUCUAUUUCAAGUGAAAAUCAAAAGAAUGAAGUGUAUCGUUUGUUUAAAGCAUUGAAAUGUCGUUUAGAAGAUUUUGAAAGAAUUUAUAAAUUAAAGCAUUCUAACUGUCUAUCAUCUUCUGUUUGGUUCUUAUUAACUGAUUUAAAUCUAUCAAAUCUUCAAUUAGAAAUAAUACCCGAUGAAAAUGUCUUUUCAUCACUUCCAAAUCUUCGACGUUUAUGGUUGAAUAACAAUAGAAUUGAAAAUUUGAAUAAUUGUUUAACAAAAUGUGAAGGUCUUUUAGAACUAAGAUUGGGAUCGAAUCAGUUAUAUACUAUUUGUGGACAGUUGUAUAGAUUGCAUUGUCUUGAAAUAUUAGAUUUAUCUAAUAAUCAUCUUGGCAAUAUACAGGAAGUUGAAAAAGAAUUAUCGAGAAUGCAUUUUCUGCGUGAACUAAAUUUACUCGGUAAUUCUAUUGUUCUACAACCUGAUUUCAAAUAUCGUCUGUUAACUAUACUACCAACGAUAACCGUAUUGAAUAAACAUGAAAUUCUACCAGGUCAAGUACAUCGAAUCAACUCAAAGAGAAAUCAUUAUUUAGAAGAACACAGAGAAUUGAAUAAAAAGAAAACAAAUACAAUCAUUCAAGUAGAUGUUAACAAGGAAAUUGAAAAGCCGGAUAUCAUUCCAGUCAAAGAAACUGAAUCAUUCGAAGAAAAUCUCAAUAAACGUUUCCAACAGAAGUGUAUUACUCAAUUCAAGUGUCUUGACUGGUCGACAAUACCAAACAGUGAAACAAGACGGCUGGGUAAAGAAAUACAACCACCUAAAAACCUCUUAAUUCGAUUACAAUUGUAG